UAUAACUCUACCGGUAUCAGUGCGCCAAACAAAAUGCUAGUGAUCUACUUUUCCACAACGCCCCGGUCAAUAUUCUGUUCUGUACUCCAGCCUCCAUCCGGUUCAAUGCGAGACCUGUUACAUCAGGCGUGAUGUGACAAAUCAGGCCAACAAGGCAAUCAGGAUAUAUGUGCAUCUCUUGCAUCCCAUCCCAGUUAUCUGCUGGCAGACACUGGGAGAGAGACAGUCACUUUCAGCAUGAAGGCAUCCCCUGCGUCACAGUGUGAUUGAAAGAUAAGAUUGAAAGAUAGAUAGAUAGAUCGGGGAUAUAGGUGCCUUAUUUUAUAAUAGGCCAUCAAACAUGGAAUUCCUGAUUAUAGAGUGACUGCAACUUUUCUGAUUUGGAUUAUCUCUGGGGCUUAUGGACACAGACUGGGUCGAAACCAACAGGGCAUACCAUCGGAUCCCAGAGCCAGGGGAGACCCAGAGGGAGGGGCCGCCCGGGGCCUGGUGGAUCAGCAUCUUCGGUCCAUCACUGUACCCUCAACCAGACCUGGCUGCCCUUGCUGGACAGCCUGCCACUCUUCAAGAGGCAGAUGAUGGAGAAGUACUUCACACCUGUGUACCGCCCACCAACUCAGGAAGAGAUGAGGAAGCCCAAGAACCAUCAUCACUACCCCAAUGACCAGCCACAACACCACCCUCAUGCUCACGCUCACCAGGCCUAUCACAGCCCAGAUGACCAGCCACAUCACCACCCUCGACCAGACCAUGAAUCACUCGGCUAUGCAAACUUAGUUGGAACCGAUGAAAACACAGAUGACAGCCAGGCACACCACCAGAACCAGCACCGCCGCCCUCGGCACGCAGGGCAUCUCCACGAGAACCUCCCCCAUGACUACCAUCAGCCUCCACAUCCGCUCUAUCAGCCUCACGCAUCUCAUGAGAGCGAGAUCCAAAACCCGCAGCUCACGAGGGUCACCCUGUCCCGAGCCUCGUCCUCCUCCCUCUCGUCCUCGUCCUCCUCUUCCUCCUUGUUCUCGUCCUACUCCUGGAAGACGGAGCCCAGCGAGCCCCUGUCCAACCGCCCCCCUCAGCGGCCGCAUCACUCCCUCUCCUGCUCCAACAUCCUGGAGGUCCGCACCGGGUUCCGGCAGGACGGCGGCAGCGAGCCCCUCGUCUUCGCCACCGUAACCCGCGGUGCGCCUGAGGCCCCUCCCCACGACUGCGCAGCGGGCCACUCACGGCGGAACGAACGUGCCCGCGGCUCCCUGCCGGACCAGAGCCACAGUGACGAGGGCCUCCUGCAGACCAGUGAGGACGAGGUGGAGGCAGGCCGACGGCGGCGUGUGGCCCCCCCGCUCCACGGAGCGCUCUACAAGACCGCCAGCUUAGGGCGCAGCCUGGCCUUCAGCGAGGAGAACCUGGUACUGGGAGCGUCAGGGAGGCCCCGCAGGGCAGGGUUCACCAACCAAAUCCCUAGCAAAGGGAUCCUCAAGAACCGGGAACCUCACCCGGACAUCCGCAAAGCGAGGUCUAUGGAGGUUCUGUCCCCCCGGGUGGCCAACGGACAGGGCAAAGGUAGAGACAAAGGGAAGGGCGCUGGGCCGGCCGACAUUCAGACAGCCAGGGAGAGCUUUGUGAAGGGGAAGAUGCAGUUCUCCGCCUUCCUGGACGAGAUCACGAAACAGGUCAUCAGUCCGUCCAACCUUAACAGUUUAGGGGUCAACCAAGGUAAAGCCCCAGGGGAGACCACGGGCCCCGCUCCCGGGGCGAGGGGCCCUGGGGCGGCCAAGCCUCAGCUUCCCGUCAAGAAGCACAGAGAGAGCUCUGGAGAGGAGAGAGAACAGCAUCACAAACCGCCAGCCACACAGGACAGAAGGGAGCCUCGCGGAAACUUUCCGUCGCAUCAUUCCCCAUACCCCGACCAGCCCAAUCCCGACAAGCUGAGCUCGUACGCGGCCAGGCGGCACAGAGGCAGCCCCCCUCUGCAUCACCAUCCCCAAACCUCCAGCCCCCAUCCCCCCCAAGGUUGCACCCAUAAGGAAGGGAGGGCCCCAGGGAUUGCGGGCCACAAAGCAAGGGAAAGCGACAUCCGAUGUGGUUCUCAUUUAACCGAUGGAACCAUCAGCCCGGAGCCUAUCCCGCCCAAACAACGAAACCACCGCAAGCCCCGGAACACAGCCGCCCACAGUCCACCCCCACCACCCCUUCCACCCCACAUUCAGCCCCGCCACGGGUACACAAGCCCUGGGCAUCAAGAGGAAGGACCAGGAGCCAUCCAGACCCAGGGUUCACCGCUGGACCAUGAAUCAGAGCCUGGUUCCUGUAGGUCAGACUCUUCUCGAACCAGGGAGUCCACGAGUCAGAACAGCCAAAACUCGGACCAGAGUGUCCGACAUCGGUCUCACGCAGCACGCAGAGGACACACUGAUCCACAUCAUAAGCCCUCCCCCACAGCCCCCACAGUCAUUCAGGGCCUCGGCUACGACCUACGACUGCAUCAUGUCUCACUUGGUGGUUCGGACCAAUUCCAGGCCCUGCUGGAUGAGAACACGGACCUCCAUCAGAACCUGCUGCAGACGGUGGUCUUCAUCGAGAGCCUGCAGGCCGAGCUAACCAGGAGCAGGGAGGAGCUGAGCCAUGUCAAGGACAAGUACAGAAGUCUUGUGGAGACACACACAGGGACCAAGCAGACCAACACCCGGCCAGGGGAGCACCUGCACAUCACGUCUGAGAGUCUGAGCAGUGAGAGAAAGUACCUGAUCAACCGCAUUGCCGAGCUGAGCUCCGAGCUAGAGGAGGCCCAAAGGACCAUCGCUGCUCUGGAGACCAUCAAUGUGCCCUGUCUGAUCAAGGAGCUGCUGGAGAAGCACUUUGACUCUGCAGAGGCAGUCCAACAGUUCCUGAAAACAGCCACCACAGCCAACCACCCCAAUACCCCUUCUCUGCCGGACCUUAGCCAAUCCGGGGCUUCCAAUGUGGUGGAGGCGCCCUAUGAUUGGCUGACGGAGCCAGAGGCGGAUCCAGGCAGGGUGACAGCCUUCAUGCCUUGGAAACAGGAGGCAUCAGCUCUGACGGCGUCAGCUGUGCCAGCGUCUGCUGACGACUCUGGUGGUCACUGUAUGAGCCAGAGCCAGCCGUUCUCCAUCGCCGACAUAAGCGCCGCCAUCUAUAAGAAGAUCGCCUCCGAAAUUGCUGCCAAUCACAUGUCUCCCCCACCAAAGUCCCUGCACGGCUGUCCCAAGGGGACGAACCACACCGGGCCAGCGGGCCCCCGUGCCCAUGUGCGGCAGGUCCUGGAGACAGCUGAGCCGGGGCCCGGAGAAGUGACCUAUCUGUCAGCCCAACAGGUCCUGGAUGAGUUCAUCAACCAGCUGCAUCCCCAAAACAAGGCCAGUGACGGCAAGCCAUCACAUAUGUCGACCUCCUAUGAGUAGGAUUAGGGAGGAGGUGGGAGGAGGCGUGACAGCAGGGACACUGUUGGUUGCACUAAGUUAGGGGAACCUUCCAAUCAAACCACAAGGAUACAGCAACCGCAUCACCAACAGCAGUUCUUUCUGAUUGCAGUAUAAAAGUAACAUAAGAAAGUUACUUGGCACCCAGUGGAACAAGAGAGAGAGUUAACCUAUCGGAAUAUUGUUGUAUUACCUGGGUUUGCUGAUGGUCCUGUGGUUUGCCUUUAUAGACCAUUUUCAGAGGAGACAUCUUAGCACAAAGCACAAAGUCUGGCUCGUAUGUCCCUUACAACAAAUGGGUCUGUUACCUUUACAUGACAGGGCACACACAUUGACCAUUGCUGGUGUUUGACACACAUUAGUGAAUCCUCUGCUUACCUUCCCAAUGUUGGGGGCUUCAGCUGUGUGUGCCCUGCCUUGCCAGCUCUGUGAAAAGGGUACAUGGUCAUGGUCUGUUAUCUUCACCAGUCUAGUACACUACCCGUGGCCUGUGGUAGGCUUGCAUAAAACAGUCCUACGACCAGAUGCCUGGUGAAAAGGGUCUCUAAACUGUAAUAGUCUAUUGUCAUAUAUUAUAUGUACAGUUAAAGUAUUGUUUUUUUGUCUACAUUUAAUAUGGUUUAGUGGUUACUUUCAGUGGAAUAUUUAACAGAGCAUUAAUGAAAAAGUUAUAUAAAACAAUCUCACAUUUUGGCAAAUUAUAUUGGCAUUCAAACUAUAGAAAAUUAUGUUAAAUAUGAUUCAAUUGCGAGUUAUUUAAGUUCCUGUAUAUACUGUUUGAAUAUAGCAUAAACUUUUCAAAAAGAUUGAAAUAUGAAAAAAAGAAAAAAAUAUUUUAGGUCCUAUUUAAGUAUGUAAUGUCAGAAUAUAGAAAUAAAAUGGAAUAUCUGGAUGGUCUCAAAAGGCAAGUUCCAAUAAUAAUUGUUUCAAUUGUUCACUUUAAUGUCAAUGGCUGAUUCUACUCAGGUUUUUUAGGUAGGCCUUUGUCAUACCAAAAUAAUACUGAAUGCAUUCUCCUCCUUUUUGUGUGUUUAGGCCUGCUAAGAUAUGUGCAUGCUAGGCUUUGUGGGCAUUGUCUAGUGCUUCCCUUAUGUACACAAACAUGUCUGUAGGAUUGAUGUAGUCUACGAAUGAAUGUAGUGCUAACGUAUACAAUAAUGUUGUACUGAUAUAGUAAUCUUGAAGCGAAAAGUAAUUGUGUCCGGGUAUCCUAUUUGUACAUGCAGGGUUCAGUUUAUUAGUGUCAAAGUAAUCGUGUUAUUGAUCUUAUUUAUUCACCCUGUCCAACAGUCCCACUGUUAACAGUUUCCAUGGCAUGAUGUUGUCGAUCCAGCUCGAUGUGUCCUCUGUGAAACCGCUUCUGUGCUGAUCAAUAACAAUAAAAUAUUAAUAAUCACAACA